CACGUUGCCUUGGGAGAAGCAACACGGGCCGAUCACUGGAUGUUCUGCCUCCUCUCUCUCACGCCGCACGUCCAGCACAUCAGCUGCUCUCUGCCUACAGUCCUACUGGAUUUACCGCUAAACAAAGGAAGAACGACCAGCCGCUCCAUCCUGAGAAGGUCGGUGAUGGUCAGUGCUAUUUAGACCCUGCAGCUGAGGAUGUCUGCUACAGAUUCGGACAACUCCAUUGACUGGCUGGCUAGCGACAAUGAGGAUAAUGAGAACGAGCAGGAGCCUGACUGUACCAGAAAGCACAGCCAGACAGAAGCUCCUUUAUCCCCCUGUGCCGCUUCGCACCUGGGCCCGACUGACAGCAGCUGCCGCUGGAGCAGCGACUUGAAGGAGGGCGACGGUAACUGGAGCGGGGUCAGGGAGGUCUCCAGCCGGGGAUCUCCCGGCUGCAUGGAAAAAUGGGACAGAGACACCGCCACUGGACUGUGUAAAACACAGCAAGGAGAAAGAAUGAAUGGCAACAACACUCAGCAGGCACUGAAGAGACCCCGCGGCUCUACAGAGGACGAAUGCAAAGAACGGCAGCUCAUUGCCAACAUGUCAGAGAAAGAGAGAAUUUUUAGCAGCAAGUGCAUGGAGCUACAAUGCUACAUUCAUCCACUGUCAUCAAUCUUGAAUGGCCUUCGUUCAGGGAGAUACAAAGAAAGACUCAGCAGUUUCCAGGAGAGUGUCGCCAUGGACCGGAUUCAGAGGAUCAUGGGUGUUCUGCAGAACCCCUACAUGGGGGAGAAGUACAUUAAUAUCAUUCUUAAAAUGGAAGAAAUGCUGAAGAGCUGGUUCCCUAAUGUAAAGCUUCAAGAACACCCACUCACUGUCACCCAAACAGAGGAAGCUGCUCCCACCAAGAAACUGAAGCUGUCUCCAGUUACCACAUCUGCAGCAGCGAGCGCCAUCACUACUAGCGAUCCUCCAGCCACCGCCAAAGCCCUGAGAGUCACAGAUCUCACUCCUCCUGGAGCUUACUCUGCCAAUAAUCUGAAGUGGCUCCACACGUCACCCAUUUGCUCUCCCACAGCAGAGCAGGCCCAGGCUGGUCCCAGGCCCCUGCUGACCCCCAGUGACAGAGACCUAACGCAGGACAGCGCCGUGUCCUCCAGCACAGACAGCCAAACUAAGACAAACUUGGUGCCCAGAGGCCCGCCGCCGGGCAAAAUCAACGCGCCCUGUCUAGAGAGGCUUCUAAAAUCGACGGACAGCAUCAUCACACGUAAGGGAACAGGGCGUUUGACGGACAGCAGCUGGUCCUAGUCCACACAGAGGGCUCGGUGUAAGCAGCGCGCAGAGGAGCCCCGCCUUGCCCACCCUGCAGGGAGCCAAUCAGCUCACUUAGCUCAUUCCAGCCUUCAGGAGAGAUGAGAGCCUUCAAAAGGGAUGUUACCGAUUCCUCUUUUAAUAUGGAAGCGGUGUCGAUGAACAAUGUGACUUUUCUGUACGGCGGUGUACCCUCUCUAACAUGACAACUAUCUGCUUUAUUUCCCUUUUUGUUGACUUAUCUCUUCUUUUUUCCCCCCUCUUCUCUCUUUUUAUUUUUGCACUCUUCAACAGCGUGUGUGAGAGUUGGAAGGAUAAAUUUCACAUGCUGUGAUACCGGAGAAAGUAUUUUCACAACUGAAUUUGUUCGCACUGGCUUGUAGAUGUAAAAAAGAAAAAAAAAAUACAGUCUGAGUAUCUGUGAAGCUGCCAUUACGAGUGAAAGGGAAAGAACUGAAGGAAAGGUUUGUGCUGAAAGGAAGGAAGAUAUGUCAGUGAUCUACAUAUUGUUGUGCUGAAAAUGUGGGUGAAAUGUGAUGUUGUUCCCCUCCCCUCCCAUGACUCCACUCUUAAGUUUAUUGAUGUGACUGUUACUCAUUUGUAUUCUUUAUAAAUAACUCUUUUGGUACAACUGUUCUACCUCAGCGAGCACCACGUCACGGUUAGUGAGUAAGAAUGUGAACACUAUGCUCAAAGUAAGGACACCUCGACAGAGCUACGGUGAGCCACCAAAUGGCCUCUGACGACAAGGUCUGCAGCGCAAAGUCUCCCCUCUUCUACAAACGGAGGAUGCUGUCUCAGUGGGGAUGCUCUCGUGGCCUGACUGGUGCCAGUGUAAAGAAUGUCAACUGCAGAUUUCUUUUUCGAGUCUCCCAGUAGAAGGCAAACAGUGCCUGUAACGUCAAGCUGUGCCUGUAAGCUGGUUUAAUAAAGAGAAAGAGAGAGAACCGUUUGGAAACCUUGCUCCUCUGUCCUCUGUGGGAUGUACAAAUCAGGAAUUUUCACUCUCCUGCCGUUUUCCUGUUUUGAGUAAGUUAUUCAGAUCUCGCCAACUAUUUUCUGUGGUGAAGCAGAACAAUAGCUUUUUUUUUCUUUUCUUUUUUUUGCCACAGAACUGGACAGUAUGUUGGACCAGCGGAGAGAUGGACAAGCUUUUUUGUCUGUGUAAAUCUUACAGGAAGGUUGUCAAUUUACCCUGAAAAGUGGCCUUUACAGUGUGAAAUUUUAUACUUUCAAAAUAAAUGUGGUUAUAUUUGUUUGAUGCAAAACAAAUGGCUACAGAUUCUUCUGUUGUGAAAUUUCUUAACACUGUAAAGCCUAAACCAUGAAACACUAGUGUGUUUAUUGAACCUUCUGACAAAUCUUUAUUAGAAGAAUUUAAACAUCAAACUGUAUAUAUGAGUAUUAAUUUAUGGAUUUUUGUUGCAUACUACAACUUAUUCCGGCUCUUCAGGGAAAAACAAUCACACUGAUGAUGUAGAGGUCUCAAAACCUGAUAAAAAUCCAGGUAUUCCAUAUGACACACUUGGUUUUCACCAAAGGCUUUUUCAAAGGGUGACGUAUAAGCAAAAAGAAUAUACACAAUGGCCUGAAAAUAAUUCUCGACCAAGAGCUAAACCCGCUCAAUUAUGCAUCAAAGACCCCCAAAGAAAGAAGAAAAGAGUGCUAUCUGAUUAAUGUCGUAGUUGGGCCAAUUAUAGGGUGAGUCACUCAAAGCGAGCCUACUUCCUGAGGGAAUAAAAAGAUUUAUUGUUUGCAGGGUAGGGUUUCAUCUUCUUUACCUCAGUUGUGCUGUACAGGCAAAGUGAAAUUACUGCUUGCAGGGCUCAGUAUCACUUCACAUUUCUCAGAAAGUGUUGCCACGCUGUGUUUUUACAUGCCUGUAGACAGAGAGGAAUUCCAAGCGCACAGUUUUUCACAACCUGCAAGAAAGAGGGAGAAUGGCUCUGCCUGUGCCAGAUUUCACAUUUGAUUUGCAGAUUAGUUCAUGAAAAAGGCAAGAAGCAAGUCUUUUAUACUCUCGUGUGUGGCCACGAUAUAAGCAGUUAGCUCCACUUCUAAAUGUAUUUAGAACAUAUUUGCAAUCCAGCAAGCAAAUGCCUCAUGUUUGACAAAAAGGAGAUGCUUUUUUAAUUUUAUUUGUUAGGCCCAAUUUUUGCUUCUGAACAUUUUGUGAAACCACUGAUACCACUGACUGUGGAUUCACUUUCACUCAGCUCAUGUCGAAUUUUGUUUCUGUCAGUAAGAACAUGUCAUGGCCACGAGGUCUGAAAAUAGAAGCAUGUGGGAGUUCUACAGCCUCGAAAACAACCGUUCAGGAAGUUAAGGAGAGAAAAAAUGGUAGCGAUCUACCCCAUUUUCAUUUGUGCUUCACUAAAUUACACAUCAGCGAAGCACGUGUCUGUUUUUCCGAGCUGAAAGGCUUGAUUUGGUCGAUUAGCCGCACUGCUUUGUUUCAGUGUUGCUGCCCCAGAUCUCAUCUCUCAGGAAAAGGCUAAUGGCCUGGACUCACGUGCACAGAUGACCUGACAGCGUUCGUGUCCAUCGACAGCUGGCACAGAUCGCCCAGAAAGUUGUUGUUAUGAAUGAUAGGAAGAGCUGCAUCAACAAAAGACAGAACUCUCAAUAUAAACACCCUGCCAAUAAUGAACUUGUGAUGUGAUGUAAUGUGCUGGGAAAGUGCAUGGAAAGCAAAGUGCUAUGAAUAUAAAAGUAAGUAGGUGCAGGAUUCUGCAGACUGAGAUGGGUGAGUUUAAAAGUACUACGAGAACAUGCUCAAAAAGUAAGACUAGAAUUUCUCAUUUAAAAUCAUUUUAAUAACUGUGAAAGAUCAAGAACUGCCUACUCUACUAGAGAGUUUAAGAAAAGGUAAGUUGUAAGUGCACAAAAAAUAACCAAGUACCAGAAUACAUCAAAGUGAUGGCAAAUUAGAUCCUUAAUUUUUCAAUUAUGUUCAACAAAGCGGUACCAGAGUCACCAGAUAACAUUAUAGACCAAUUCUACCAUGGACAAGAAAUCUCAUUGCUUUCCUUUUUAAAGGUCCACAGAGGUUAUGCUGCACAAAACUGAUUGAUGUCUGAGGGUUUUUUUUGUAUGUAUGGGCAGAACUACAAAGACCCAAUCAUUACUGCAGCAGCAGACAUUGGAGCCUUUUAUCAGAAGCAUUCAAAGGCGAGUGGGAGAGAAGAAAGAGGGUGGACAAGGGGUCUGUGGUUCCAGUCA